AUGAAGGGGACUGAUAAGUUUGCUUGGGAUGAAAGCACCCAGUCCUGGAUUCUGAGCUCGGUUUUCAUUGGAUACAUCACAACCCAGCUUUUGGGAGGCAGGUUGGCAGAACGUUUUGGGGGGAAGUUGGUCCUCGGCGUACCGAUGCUGUUGGCUGGGCUGUUAUCCCUACUGACACCAGUGGCUGCCAAGAAGCUUGGGUCCACUGCAGUGAUGGUACCAAGAGUUUUGAUUGGCAUGGCUGAGGGUGUUACAUUCCCUGCCAUGCAUGUGAUCCUUUCAAACUGGGCACCACCCUUGGAAAGAAGUAGAAUGGUUACCAUGGUGUAUGCUGACAGUCCUGAAAAUCAUCCUUACAUAUCAACGGAAGAGAAAUUGUUCAUCCUGGCAACUCUGAGCAAGGAGAAGAAGACAUUCUACUUUGCCUUCGAAACGUCCGGAUCAAGUGCAGGUGAAGCAAACUCGUUCUUACUGGCUUCGCUUUCAAGAACUUCAACCACGUCACCCCAGGAAGACGUGUCGAACCAAGCAACCAUUGCAGCUUCGUAUCAUCAGCAGACGCGUGGUUUCCGUCAUAAUCCGUUCCGGUUUGACAGCCAGACCUUUCGAUGA